AUGGUAAAGCGCAAGGUUGAUGUGAUUAACGAGGACGAAGGUCGCUCAAAUAAUGGGUAUGCUCGCAUAGCUAAAGCUCUUCGUCCUGCUGGACCCUCGAAUCCUGGUGGUUCCAGCACGGGUUCCAAUGAAGCCGCUGCAUCCUCGAACCUCGAUAAUACCAGCACAGGCCAGAGGUUCGGAGAAACGACAGACUUCCUUCCCUUGACGCAAGUUAGUGGUGAAGAUGAAGAUGAAGAGGCGGCCAAUGCCAUCCAGGGAACGCAAGGGGGUGACGAUUCCUCACUGGCGAGCACCGUGCUUUAUGGCGUUGUAUCUGGAAAAAUAGUGGGUGUGCGCUUCUACAGAGGCCAUGCCAACCCCAAAGAACGGGUCAUUCUCAAGCGGGAGCCUACCAAUCAAUAUGAUCGCAACGCCAUUCGCGUGGAUAAUGUCAUGGGUGCGCAGAUCGGCCACAUUCCGCGAGAAAUGGCUGCCAAACUGGCACCAUAUAUGGAUGCUCACGAUCUUGUUGUUGAAGGCGAGUUGACCGGACCGAUUGGACAUUUUACUUGUCCUGUGGCUCUCAAGCUGUUCGGAACUGCCGAGCCCGUCCAGCGUUCAGCUCUUAAGAAACGAAUGCAAGACGACAGGCUCCCUGUACAGCACAUCACCAAGGCGGAGCGUGAGGAAGCCAAGGCGAAGAAGGAAUUUGAGAAGCAGCUGAUGCAGGAGGCGAAGCAAGCUCGUGCAAUGGCUCUUGGCAAAGCGACAGCCGAAUGGCAGACCAAGGAGAAGUCCAAGUUUUCAAACCUCUCUACUCCACUGGGACUCGGUGAGGCGGAACAUGAGAGCUUGGAAAACCUCAUCAAUCAGAGCAGAACCUUCAAUCCGCGAGCUAUUGGCCAAGUUGUUGAAACAUUCGGACGGAAAGAAUCCGACUUAGCUAAUAUGCCCAUGGUGGAUACACCAGCUGGCCUCUCUACACAGCUGCUUCCAUAUCAGCGCCAGGGACUCGCCUGGAUGAUCAAGCAAGAGUCACCCAGUCUUCCAGCACAAGGAUCUGAGCGCAUUGUUCAAUUGUGGGAGCGAAACAACAAGGGCUUCGUCAAUGUCGCAACGAACUAUUCCAUGUCGACAGAGCCACCUCUCGCCAGUGGUGGUAUUCUGGCAGAUGAUAUGGGACUGGGAAAGACCAUCCAGGUCAUCUCAUUGAUCAUGGCGAAUGCCGCACCUCUGAAUGCAGGUUCCUCGAAGUCCACCUUGAUCAUUGCACCAGUCGGUGUCAUGAGCAACUGGAGAAAUCAGAUCCAAGACCAUGCCAAGCCCGAAAGCGCUCCGAGUGUGUUGAUAUACCACGGGUCUGGCAAGAAGGAGGCUUCCAAGCUGGCCAGCUACGACGUUGUGGUCACUAGCUACGGUGCACUGGCCAAGGAGUACAAACCGACUGCCAAGAAGCCUCCCACCGAGGGAAUCUUCUCGCUUCAAUGGCGCCGUGUCGUGCUGGAUGAAGGCCACAGUAUCCGCAAUCCCCGUUCACAGUCUUCUUUGGCGGCUUGUGGAUUGCGUGCCGACUCUCGCUGGUCCCUGACCGGUACUCCUAUCGUCAACACUCUCAAGGAUCUAUAUUCGCAGGUUCGCUUCCUGGGGCUUUCCGGUGGACUGGAAGAUAUGGGCAUAUUCAACGCUGUCUUGAGCCGACCCUUGACCCAAGGAGAUCCCGAGGCUCGAAUGCUUCUUGAGGCUCUCAUGGGGACGAUCUGCUUGCGUCGGAGAAAGGAUAUGGGUUUCAUCAACCUAAAGCUGCCAGAGAUGACAUCUCGCAUCAUUAGAAUCAAAUUCAAAGCUCACGAGCAGGAGAAAUACAGUGCAUUCCUAAACGAAGCCCAAGGCGCUUUGCUUGACUUCAAGGACAAGGACGGCAACACCAAGUACUCCCAUCUGUUGGAGGUUAUCCUGCGUCUCCGGCAGGUCUGCAAUCACUGGGCAUUGUGCAAGAACCGCAUCGACAAGCUUCUGAACACUCUGGAUGAGCAUAAGGUCGUUCCUCUGACACCAGAGAAUAUCAAUGCUCUGCAAGACAUGCUGCAGCUCCAAAUCGAAAGCCAAGAGCCGUGUCCAAUCUGCCUGGACAACCUCGAUCAGCCCGUCAUAACAGCCUGUGCCCAUUCCUACUGCCGUGGCUGCAUCGAGCAGGUCAUCGAGCGCCAGCACAAGUGUCCCCUGUGUCGCGCAGAAAUAAACGACAACACCACACUGGUCUCACCAGCCGCCGAGCUAGGCGAAGACACCGACACCGUCGAAGCUGACCCGGACAGCCCAAGUAGCAAGAUCGAGACCCUAGUCAAGAUCCUCACGGCCCAGGGCCAAGCACCAGGAACCAAAACCGUAGUAUUCAGCCAGUGGACCUCAUUCCUGAAUCUGAUUGAGCCACACCUCCAGCAGCACGGUAUAAAGUACGCCCGCGUAGACGGCAAGAUGCCCUCCGUGAAACGGGACAACAGCAUCAACGCCUUCACCCACGACCCCGAUUGUGUCGUCCUCCUGGCGAGUCUGAGUGUGUGCAGUGUCGGUCUCAACCUCGUUGCGGCGAAUCAGGUUAUCUUGUCUGACAGCUGGUGGGCACCGGCCAUCGAGGACCAGGCUGUGGAUCGUGUGUACCGGCUCGGGCAGAAGCGGGCAACGACGGUCUGGCGUCUUGUCAUGGAGGAUAGUAUUGAGGAGCGGGUGCUGGUGAUUCAGGAACGGAAGAGGAGUCUCAUGCUUGCUGCGUUCCGGGAGACGGCGAAGAAAGCUGAGGAUCGGGGUGCGCGUGUUGCUGAUCUCGAGUCGCUGCUGCAGUAG